AUAAAAUCUUUUUUAAAAAAGAUAUGUAAAUUAGCAUCUGGAAUCAGACGUGAGUUUCAACCUGGGCUCGUCCUGUUCCCACUGAGGGAUGACUCAGUUUCCCCUCUGGAAAGAGACAGGGUUUGUUCUCUGACACGGGUGGGGACUGUUUUGAGACUCAGCUGCUUCCUAUAAGGACCCCCAUUUAUUAAGCAUUUGCUAUGUGCCAGGCUCUGGCUGUGCCUGCUCCGGGCGCCUGUCUGCACAUCCGACAGACAGAGCUGGAACGCAGGAAGGUGCUCACGAGAGGACACGGGUCGAGCUCCCUGCACGGUGCCCAGCACAUGCCCAGCACGGGAAGCCUGCUAGUCUGCCAUCGUAGUGGCUGCUAUUGAAAUCAUCUAGCACCGGUCUCGCACACAGUAGGUGCUCAAUAAAUGCCUUUUUUUGGAAUUAAGUCAACCUCAGCUCACACCACUUUCUCCUCCCAAGCCUCGGUCUGCCCACCUGCACAAGGGGGCUCGCCAGGGGCACUCGGCAGACGCAGCGCCCGGAGCCCAGAACCCAGCGGACUGGACGACUCAGUGGGCAGGUAGGCAAGUGCUGGGCCCGAGCGUUCUCGCCUCAGCUGAGUGGCAUUGUCCUCGUUCCCUAACAGAUCAGCCGGCCAUCCUGCCCCUCAGAUUGUGACACCCCUCCCCCACCUAUGAUGUCACCCCCAGAGUGGCCAGUGGGAGCCCUGAAGGGUCUGUGAGGUCACCCCAUUCCACUCCACAAAGCUUCUUAUCGGGCGGCAGCCACUGGUUCAUCUCUGUCCCGGGAAAGAAGCUUCUGAGACCCAGGGACUUGAGAUCUGUGGUCACCGCAAAGCUCCUGAGAGGGACUUGGAGCACUGGGAACUGAGGACACACCACGUGCUGACGGCAGGAGCCCAGAGCCAGGGGCCCAAGCCUUGUGGACGUGAGGAGCGCCCUUCAGCAGUUCUGCGAGGCCCAAGGCGCCCUCGGCCUGGUUCGGGCACUGGCACCGCCGCCAGGCCACCAUGGUCCUCGGCUGGCUGCUGCUGCUGGGCAUGGCUCUGCCCCCAGGCACGACAGGCACCAAGAACUGCCUGUUCUGUGAGCUGACUGACUCCCUGAGCUGCCCCGGCAUCCCCAUGAACUGCGGCAACGACGAGGACUGCUUCACGGGCCAGGGGACGGCCCCCGGCCUCAGCCCCAUCAUCAACAAGGGCUGCGUGCAGUCCAGUUCCUGUGGCCGUGAGGAGCCUGUCACUUACCAGGGCGUCACCUACAGCCUGGUCUCCACCUGCUGCUACGGCAACCUGUGUAACAGGGCCCCGGUCCCCGCAGGCAGCCGGCCGGUGGGAACCCCCACCGGCCUGGCACUGGGCGUGCUGCUGCUCCGUGGGCUGUGACCAGCCUGGAAGGCAGGGCCUGGGACUGGUCUCGAGGCCCUGCUGCUCCCCGUGUCCCCUGCCUCCUCCCCCCUCCCCAUUAAAUGGCCAGAGGCCCUGGACGACCCCGUGUGGCCCUGGCUUCCAGGCCUGCCCACCAGGCACGUGGGCUCCGUGAUGCACCCUGAGGCCCGCCCUAGUGGUGGGGGCCGUGCCCCGUGGGUGUGAGGGCACUGUGGUACUUCAUUGGUCCUAAGACCCACAACUUUCCACGUUUUGAUUGGGGGGAUGCUUCCUUUCAUGGGUGGCACCUUAAAGUCGAUGAAAUAUAGUAAAAAAUAUAAUAAACUCCAGCUGGUAUUUACGAAG